AUGUACGCUGGGGAUGUGGUGUUUGGCGCGGAUUGGCGUGCUAUGUGCCAGGAGUUUGACGACAGGUUUGAUCCGAAUGGUGGAACCGAAGCUUCAAAAAUUGCCCCUGCUGCUCCUGCAGCAGCGAUCCAGGCCGUGCAGCAGCUCGAUUGGCCUGGUGAACCAAACACAAUUGAUGCGAUCAUGAACACUUACAACGUGGAGUCCAAGACCACAGGUCGCUGGCCGGGUACUACUUUGAUGUUGGUCAAUGCGAAGAACCGCACAACUGGAAAGAUCGAUCAGACAGUCCCAUCUCAACAAUUCAAACUUUUCCUUGUUGCACACAUGGACAUUACAAUCCCCAAUGAUGACUUUGCCAUUUGUCACGGAGCCAGCCGCUUUGUGAAGAACGACAAGAUCGCGGAUUUGAAGAGAAAGGGAAAAACAGACGAUGUUGCCCGGACUUGCGCCUGUCGCUGGGAUUCUGAUGAGAACAAGGUCGUGUUGGAGAUCUCGGAGCCGGAAAAAAAACGAACAACAGACGCGCAGGUCUGUACAUGGCGUGAACUCUACAUGGAUCUCGAGGAUGAGGGUCAUGUUGAGGUGACCAUCAAUUCACAUGACAUCCACCGGGUUUCAGCUGGCAGUGAUGAGAACCGUGAGUUCUACCUGAAGCCAAAGCCCAAUGAGAUGUUCUAUGCUUGGAGCUCUCCAUCACCCAAUGGAGUCAAAUACACUGCCAUGGCCUCGAUUUUCUCCAACGAAGCCCUUGAAGCAGCCAGACCUUUGGAAAGAGUGUGGCGGGUCUUCUACUCGACUGAAGCCAAAGAAACUCGUCUGGAUCAACUGGUUUGUGCAAACAUGUUCUCAAACAACAGAUCCUUGCGGCAGACAUGUCACACCAAGCCUUGCACUUGGGCAGCUGCUUUCCAAGGAGGUAUCUCCGAGCUACUGGAAUGCAAUCUAGUGAUUUUGAUGCAACUGUCGCAGUAUGAAGAUGAACAAAGAAGUAGGCAGGUGGGAGUCUCUGGAUUUUCACGAAAGGUAGCCUAG